CUGCUACUCGUAACUCUUACUGAGGGUGCCUUCUUCCCAUGCCUUGAAACUAUAUCACAGAUACUGUCCUGCCCUAGUAAGACACUGGCCCAAAGCUGAUGUUUCUGUACACACUGGAAGAGGUGGGGCUUAUGUGUAAUGCAGCGUCGCUUAUGUAACUGGGAUACAGCAGAUUUAGUGGAAGCACAGAGGCAGACAGAAGACAGAGGAUGGGAGCAGUGAGCUGUCGGCAGGGGCAACAUAGCCAGGUGGCUGCUCCUCAUAAGGGUGGCAACAUCCGGGUCCCCUGGGUCCAAGGCUUGAAGAGCCUCUGGUCAGGUGUGGGGACCAUGAGGUCAGGUCUGGAAGAACUGUGGGGACCACACAGGCAUCAGUGCCAGCACCAGGAGACUGUAGAGAAGCCUCUCUCUGAGUGGCCUGUACCUCAGUUCAUCAACCUCUUUCUACCAGAGUUUCCCAUGAGGCCCAUUAGGGGGCAGCAGCAGCUGAAGAUUUUAGGCCUUGUGGGUAAAGGGUCUUUUGGAACUGUCCUGAAGGUGCUAGAUUGUGCCCAGAAAGCUAUAUUUGCAGUGAAGGUGGUAUCCAAGAUAGAAGUCCUAUAGAAGGACACCCUGAGGCAGUGCAAAGAGGAAGUUAGCAUCCAGCGGCAAGUCAACCAUCCUUUUGUACACAGCUUGGGAGAUACCUGGCAGGGAAAACGGCACCUCUUUAUUAUGUGUAACUACUGCAGCACAGAUCUGUACUCCCUGUGGUCUGCUGUUGGCUGCUUUCCUGAGGCCUCGGUCCGUCUCUUUGCAGCUGAGCUGGUCCUUGUGCUGUGUAAUACACUCUAUGACUUGGGCAUCAUCCAUCGAGAUGUGAAGAUGGAGAAUAUUCUUCUGGAUGAACGAGGCCAUCUGAAACUGACAGACUUUGGCCUGUCCCGCCACCUGCCCCAGGGAGCCCGAGCCUAUACUAUCUGUGGUACUCUUCAAUACAUGGCCCCCGAGGUCUUAAGUGGUGGACCUUACAACCAUGCUGCUGAUUGGUGGUCCCUGGGUGUCUUGCUUUUCUCUCUGGCAACUGGAAAGUUUCCAGUGGCUGCAGAGAGAGAUCAUGUGGCCAUGUUGGCAAGUGUGACUCACUGUGACUCUGAGAUCCCAGCUUCUCUUAAAAGGGAGUUCUCACUCCUGCUUCAGGAGCUCUUGUGCCAGAAUCCCCUCCACCGUCUGUGAUAUCUACAUCACUUCCAGGUCCACCCUUUCUUUUGGGGUGUGGCCUUUGACCCAGAGCUCCUACAGAAGCAGCCAGUGAACUUUGUCAUGGAGACACAAGAUACCCUGCCCAGUCCAUUGGAGUCCAUGCCCUUCAAAGACUUUGACUGUGAUCUGGAAACCUUCCUUGUCCACUCCAUCCCUGCUUGACCCUCUAUUGUAGAUUGGGGCUGAUCUGGGAUCCUGAGGAUCUCCUUUGCCACCAACUCAGUAUGACCACCUUGAUUGUCUAGUUUUUAUUUUGUAGCCCCUUACCAUUCUGUUCUUCUAGGUGUUGGACCAGAGUUCAGUUUUUGAGCAUUCUACUACUGAGAGCCACAACUGAAUGUAGCCCUUCCCCAUCAUACAGCUCACUUCUCAAAAUUCACCAUCUCAAACCAGGCUAGUAACCUUUUCCUUUGCUUCGCUUUUCUAGUGCUCUUACCCUCAAGCCGUUACCCAAAGGCUUUUUCCUCUUUUGCCUCUGUUGUUUCUCUGCCGUGUUUCCUCUCUUGGGCAGUAAUGAUACAUCAUAGAUUCCCAAGGUGCUAUUUAUAUGUUUAAAAGGCUGGUCAUAAACAAUGUGAUUAUUUUUCACAGGUCUCAAGCUGGGCAUGGUGGUGCACACCUGUAAUCCCAGCACUUGGGAGGUGGAUGCAGGAGGAUCACUGUGAGUUGGAGGCCAGCCUGGGCUACAUAGUGAGUUUAAGGCCAGCCUGCAUUACAAAGCAAGACCCUGUCUCAAAAAAAAAAAAAAAUUAAUAAUUUAAAAAAUAAACAAAUAGAACCAUCCAGAGGUAUCAAAAGCUGGCAUUUCAACACCUAAAUAAAUAUACACCCCAAAAAUAAGAUCUGGAGGCCUGAGAAUAGACUAAAAUAAACCUAAUUUUUUAAAAAUUGGAAAGUGAAUUUAAUAGUCAAAUAUGAGGAAGAAAAAAGAAGUGGGAACAUCAGUGGAUAAAAGAUCUUCUCUAGGGAUAAAUGGAAUAGUAUCUAAAUCUUUUCUAAAAUGCAAUCUCAGAAGACGAGAAUUUUUUUUCUUUGAGACAAGGUUUCACUAUGUAAUUCAGGCUGCCCUUGAACUCACUAUGUAGCCUAGGCUGGCCUUGAACUCACAGCAGUCCACCUGCUUCAGCCUCUGGAGUGCUGGGAUUACAGGCGUGCACCACCAUACCUGGCAAAGACAAGAAUUUUUAAAUCCGACCAUUUCUAGACAUCCCAGGAUUCAGUUUUUUAGUUGGGUAAAUCAGAUUGAGAGAUUAACCUUAAGAUUUAAGGUUAGAGCUGUAUUUUAAGAACUUUUUCCUUUUGUAAGGAAAAUUAUCUGGACCAUGAAUUUAUGCAAAUUUCUUGUCUUUAUGACUUUCAUUUUCUUUUUUUUUUUUUGGUACCUGGGAUCAAACUUGGGUCCUUGUGCUUUCGACGCAGGUGGUGGAACCACUGAGCUAAAUCCCCAGCCCCAACUUUCAUUUUCUUUAACAUUUCAAAAGUUUCAUUUUUUUGUGGUAUUUGAGGGAAAAAUACAUUUUAAUCUAGACCAUAUUAAUCUUCAGUUAUAUCUGAAUACAUAUCUGAACGUCUCUCUUCCCAGACCAAGAGAGUCUGGGGAGUAUCCUGUAUAUAUCAGUUUAUUAUUGUCUUUAGAUUAAGCCAGAUUUUCCCUUUAUAUAUUAUAAGCUGACAUUUUUAUUGGUCUCUGCAGAAUUAAUUUUUCUUGAUUGUACUUUGGCAAUCCAUAUGAAUAUCUAUGAAACUUGAUUUUUUUUAAAAGAUGUUUAUCAUUAAGUUUAUACUGUUGAAUUUAGGAUGAAUGAGAGAAAUUUUCUCUGAACCUAGUUGUGCUUUUCCUAAACUGCUGUUUGGUUUUUACCUUAGACACAAAAUAUUCAACUGAUUUAUAUCUUUCUCCUUGUACUAAUGCUAUAUCAUUUGGAGCCCAGUUUGUGGCUCACUUCCAGCAAAUGUUUAUGUAUUUUAUAUGCCCAUCAUAUUCUUGGUUCCAUCUUCCUUUUAUACCUUUAUUUUACUUUUUCUGUUUUAAUCUUGUUUAUAUUUUAUAUUAUCUGCAUCUCUGUAAGCCUUUUUGGAAUAAAGUUGGGGUGUAAAUAAAUAAGGAGAAUGUA